AUGCCCCUCUUUGUUUUCUUCAAGGACAUAAGAAAUGUUUUCAAAGCAGAUGAGCUAGGCCUGGAAAUAGUGCAUAUAGCCCUUCCUACACUGUUGGCGUUAUUGGCAGACCCUGUUGCUUCUCUAGUUGACACAGCAUUCGUUGGCCAUAUAGGUCCAGUGGAGCUCGCGGCUGUUGGAAUUUCUAUUGCUGUUUUCAAUCAAGUAUCAAAGAUAGCAAUUUUUCCGCUUGUCAGUAUUACAACCUCUUUUGUUGCUGAAGAAGAUGCUACUGAAGAACUGAGGGCAAAUGAACAAGUUCAUGAAAACGUUGAAAAUGGUACUCCCAUUAGCAUGGAAAUGGAGAUGGAAGAACUCGUACCACUAGUUGGCAAGUCAUCAUCUACGGAAAUGGUCAAACUUGAGCGUGUCCGAAGGCAUAUUCCAUCUGCGUCAUCAGCAUUGGUGGUUGGCAGCGUACUUGGGUUUAUUCAAGCUGUAUUCCUAAUUUUUGCUGCAAACCCUGUCCUGAAUUACAUGGGUGUUGAUUCUAAUUCUCCUAUGCUAAAACCAGCAAGAGAAUACUUGACAUUGAGGUCACUUGGUGCUCUGGCUGUUCUUCUCUCUUUGGCUGUGCAAGGGGUUUUUCGUGGUUUUAAAGAUACAAAAACUCCUCUAUAUGCUACAAUUGUGGGAGAUGUAGCAAACAUCAUUUUGGACCCAAUAUUAAUGUUCGUAAUCCAUAUGGGUGUUAGAGGUGCGGCCAUUGCCCAUGUUAUUUCUCAGUACUUAAUCUCCCUGAUAUUGUUGUGGAAAUUAAACAAGCAAGUUGAUCUCCUAACCUCAGGUGUCAAAGAUCUACGAUUCGGCCAGUUUCUGAAAAAUGGGUUUUUGUUAUUGGUGAGGGUGAUAGCUGCAACAUUCUGUGUUACUCUGGCAGCAGCAUUAGCUGCAAGGCAGGGACCGACGACAAUGGCUGCAUUCCAAGUUUGCUUGCAGAUCUGGUUGGCAGCCUCUUUGCUUGCUGACGGGUUGGCUGUGGCUGGACAAGCAAUCCUUGCAAGCGCCUUUGCAAGGAAAGAUCACAGCAAGGCCGUCGCCACAGCUUCACGUGUAUUGCAGUUGUAUUACAGUUUGGCUCCAGAAUAUUUACAAAAGACAUCAACGGUUUGCAGCUUAUAAGUUUAGGCAUCCCGUUUGUUGCAGUGACUCAGCCUAUUAACGCUUUAGCAUUUGUUUUUGAUGGAGUCAAU